CAGUAACCAAAGAAGAAUGUUUCCAGUGUAUUAGAUCCAAAUUCUUCAAGGUAGAAAACAAACUUUACUUUUAGGAAAAUUGGCUGUUUUUUAUAUGUACAUUUGCUUCUGCAUGAUUUAAAAUAGUCCAGCUGGAGUCUAAAAGCUUCUUAGAGUCCAACCACAUGUACUUCUUUGGGGUAUUUAAGAGCGUGCGGAAUGUUGUUUUGAAAACUUUUACCUCAGCAGGGAGCGAGUGCAAAGGUUAGUAAAGCUUUUGAUAAUUUAAAUCAUUAAAUUCUCCAAAAUCAAAUCAGCAAGAGACGGUUUUCCAUUCAUUAAUGUAAUGACAUGACUUUCUUGUCGGUUUUUGGAUGUACACAAAGUACAUCGAACAGACAGACGUAAGGAGUUCUCCACUUUGGGCUGAAACAGCUGUUCCUUUGAAAAGAGGUUUUAUUCACUUUCAGGAGAGGAGAGCACAGUCUUUCAGUGGGGAACCCAUCCCACAGAGGCACCAGCUUCACUCAGCCCCACCAGUCUGUCUCGAGCUGAAGACUUUACGAGCCACAUCGCAAAGAAACACAUUUGAAACAGAAUGGCUGACUAUGAAGAAGACACUGCCUUCCUUGGACAGUCCGGCCCUUUCUUCUGGACCACAUUUUUCCUUCUUAACACAGUUUUCAUCUCGACUGGAUUCAAUGGGCUUUACAUUGUCUUUGUUGGUGCAACUCCCAAACACAGCUGUCUCAUUCCGGAGGUCAACCUAACACAAGAGUGGAGAAACGCCAUCAUUCCCGUCAUUGUAGUGGACGGUGAACAGGUGCCAAGCCAGUGCAGCAGGUACAGGCUGGAUGUGGUGAGAAACCUUUCGGCUCAAGGAUUUAUUCCAGGGAGAGAUUUUAACCUCUCUGACCUGGAACAGGAGCGCUGUUUCGAUGGAUGGAACUACAAUAAAGACAUUUACCAAUCCAACAUAGUGACUGAGUGGGAUCUUGUUUGUGACAACCAGUGGAAAGUUCCCUUUGCAUCCUCGACUCUCUUUGUGGGGUACCUCCUUGGCUCCCUAAUCUCAGGACAGGUUUCUGACAGGUUUGGAAGAAAGAAGGUUGUUUUCAUCUCUCUCUGUGCCCAGUCUCUGUCUGUCCUGCUUCAGUCCUUUUCUCAUUCAUGGAAUAUGUUCUGCAUUAUGUUCCUCUUUAUCGGAGCUUCACAGAUAUCCCUAUAUAUUUCUGCAUUUGUACUUGGAACAGAGUUGUUGAGUAAGACCAUGCGUGUGCUCUUCACAACUCUUGGAGCAUUCCUUUUCUACUGCAUUGGGUACAUGACAUUACCCUGGAUUGCAUACGGAGUCAGAGAAUGGAGGACUCUUCUCGCCAUUUUGUCCACUACUGCUGUGGUCUACAUUCCGCUGUGGUGGUUCAUUCCAGAGUCUCCACGAUGGCUCAUCAGUCAAGGAAGAGUGCUGGAGGCUGAGAACAUACUCAGAGAUGCUGCAAGAAAAAAUAAAGUUGAAGCACCACCUGCAAUCUUUAAAGAAGCUGAGUUACAGCCUGUGCACCCAGCCAGGAAGUAUUCCAUGCUUGAUGUACUGAAAUCCAAAAACAUAAGAUGUAUUACACUGAUGUGUCUCCUCUUGUGGAUGGCAAUAAACAUAGGCUAUUUUGGAUUGUCUCUGAACACCUCUAACCUCAGUGGAAACCCCUUCAUGAAUUGUUUUUUAUCAGCUGUGAGUGAGGUUCCUGCAUACAUUGUGUCCACCUGCCUCCUAAAGAGAUGUCACAGAAGAGCUCUUCUCUCAUCUUUCCUUAUUAUCGGUGGAGGAGUUCUUUUGCUCAUCCAGUUCUUGCCUCACAGUCUUCACUAUGUUGCUCUGGCACUGGAAAUGACUGGGAAAUUUGGCUUUACCAUGGCCUUCAGCAUCGUCUACAUCUUCACAGCCGAGCUCUACCCUACUGUACUCAGGAAUGUGGGUAUGGGAAUGUGUUCCUCUGCCGCACGCAUCGGCAGCAUUACAGCUCCUUAUGUCAUCUAUUUAGGUUCUUAUAAUAAAUUUCUGCCUUAUAUCAUCAUGGGAAGUCUGACAAUUGCCUCAUCUGUGGUCAACUUGUUCCUUCCGGAAACCCUCAGUAAAGAGCUUCCAGAAACAGUGGCGCAGAUGCAAAAGUGCCGGGGAUUGUGCAUUGGAAAGAAGAAAUACUUAGAGAAUGGAAGUGGUAACUCACCCAGGCAUCAUGAGGACAAAGCAGUUGUGCAGGCUCCUUCUUUGUAGUUUCCUGAUUGCCUUUCUUAAAAUGGAAAGGAAGGGUGGAAGGAAAGAUGGAAUGUUCUUGACUCGUUGAGAUUUCUUUGGUUAUUGUUCCGCCAUAUAUUUUAAUAAAUAUAAGCAUCCUAAUACAUG